AUGGGGCUCGGUCUGAAGGCCAGGCAGCACAGGGGACCGAGGAAGCCCAGCCCAUCCACACCCCACUCCCUCCCAUGGGCAGCCAGAUCCUCAGGAGCUCCCCCCAGGGCGGCCCCGAGGUCUGGCUCCCUGCUGGAGAGGCAUCGGAGAGAAGAGAAGCAGCUGGCGCUCGGCGGGACCCACUGCCAGACAUGGGAAUGUGGCCGAGCCAGGCCUUCCAGCUCAGCUGACCCUCCAGCAGAAAGUCACUGCACGAGCCAGCCCCGGGUCGGCCAGGAGAGCCCAGCUAGCCGCCCAGCUCCAGCACCAGAAAUGAUGUUGUGCCAACCAUUUCGGCGUUUGGAGAUCACCAACGCCUGCUUCGAGCCCGCCAACCAGAUGGUGAAGUGCGAUCCCCGCCACGGCAAGUACAUGGCCUGCUGCCUGCUGUACCGGGGCGACGCGGUGCCCAAGGACGUCGACGCCGCCAUCGCCGCCAUCGAGACCAAGCGCAGUAUUCAGUUUGUGGACUGGUGCCCCACGGGCUUCGAGGUGGGGAUCAACUACCAGCCACCCACCGUGGUGCCCGGGGGCGACCUGGCCGAGGUGCAGCGCGCCGUGCGCAUGCUGAGCAACACGACCGCCAUCGCCCAGGCCUGGGCCCGCCUGGACCACAAGUUCGACCUGGUGUACGCCACGAGGGCCUUUGUGCACUGGUACGUGGGCGAGGGCAUGGAGGAGGGGGAGUUCUCUGAGGCCCGGGAGGAUAUGGCUGCCCUGGAGAAGGAUUACGAGGAGGUGGGCAUCGACUCCUAUGAGGAGGAGGAUGAGGGAGAAGAAUAGAACAGCUGCCUGGAGCCCACGCACUAUGUUUAUUGCAAAAUCCUUUCGAAAUAAACAGUCUCCUUGCAAAAAAAAAAAAAAAAAAAAUGCUUUAUAAUGCUUUUGCCUUAAUAUCGUCAGUUCUUAAGUGUUACAACCCUUUCGGAAUAUAGCUUCAGGGUAGUUUAUGCUUAAUGUAUGUUUUUUCUUCAUAUUGGUGGCUUCUGUAUGCUGAUAGAAAACAGGUGUGAGAAGUGGUCUUUGAAGUAAUUCAGCAUAGUUUUGUUUAUUGUAAAUGAGUUUUCUCCUUUAUUCAUCGCAUAUUAAAGUACUGAAGUAUUAUAACCAAUUUGCUAAAAUGUGGUGUUAACACAUGAGAUCUUCCAUUAGAAGGGGAAGCAUACAAAAUCAAUGACUUGACGAGAUCCAAGCAAUGACAGUGAUAGUUGUCACCAUUUUGAUAGUUAACAGUCUGUGUAAAUAGUGCAGUCAUAGUAAAGUAGGCCUGAUUUAAGCUGGAGGUAUAAAAUAAGUCCUUUUUAUUUUUUAGGGUCAACUAUAUAAGAUGAACAUUUAUUUAGAAUACUAAUGUAUGAUUUUGGGUAGAUUUCUGAUACUUUUUUUGACUUCCUAUAACAAUCCAUUUGCUAUGUGGGCAAACAAAAACAUUCUGAAUUCCAGUUUUUGAAAUCCCUUUUAUAAAUGUGCAGAUACUAUGGAGUUCUCAUCACCAGUAUAAGCAUGUAAAGAGAACACCAGUUAAAACCCAGUAAUUAUAGAAGCAAAAAGUCGGUAUUUCAUAAUGAGGCAAGUAAGCUUUAAUAUCCUUGUUAGUGUUUCCCAAAAGAAAAAUGAAUUCUCAUAAAAAUAUGGCUAUAAGAGUGAUUAGUCAAGAGGCACCAUAGCAUAUCGUUAAAAGCCAGACAGAUCCUGCUGGAGCCUAGGCUCCACCACUGGAAAAAAAAAAAAAGAAGAAGAAUUUUUUUCUUUUAAAAAAGAAGAAUCCAAGAAGAGAUUCUGAGAGAAUCAUACAAACCCAGGCCUCCCUACAAUUAUUUCUUGUCUCUUGUAUACCUAGUGGAUCUGAGAUAAAACCUUUGCAAAGUGUCAGUACUCUGUGUAUGCUGCUAAAAUGAAGUUAAGUUGGAAUGAAGUGUUAAAAAAAAAAAAAAGGAAGGUGCAGCAGAUGAAACAGAGGCUAAA